AUGGUGACGAAAAAAUUAUUGGAUUUGAGGUACAAUGAAAUGUGGAAGGCUUGGAAUAGCACUAAUGAAGAAGUGGAUGAUUAUUCUUCAACAUUGUUUAAACGAGAUUUGGUACUGUCAUGGAAACAAUUGAAUGUAACGGUUGUGAGGAAAAUUCCUAAACUGUUUGGUAGUAGUGAGGUAGUAACUAAACAAAUUUUGAACAAUGUUAGCGGAAAUGUUGAAUGUGGUACUCUUUUGGGAAUUAUGGGUCCAAGCGGUUCGGGAAAGACUACACUAAUGGCUACAAUAAGUCAUCGAACAAAAGGAAAUUUUAAUGGAGAACUCUUACUGAAUGGGCGUUCAGUAUCUGAAGAUGUCAUGAUAAAAAUAUCCGGGUUUGUUGCUCAGGAAGAUAUAAGUUUCGUCCAAUUAACUGUUUUGGAACAACUUAAGUUGAUGGCUAAAUUAAAAAUGGACCGGACCACAUCCAACAAAGUAAUUAAGGACCGCAUAGAUUAUCUUGCAGCUCAUUUAGGUUUGAAUAAAAUCAUGAAUUCACGUUUGUGUUUUCUAUCUGGAGGGGAACGAAAAAAAGUAGCUCUGGCUGUUCAACUUAUAAAUGAUCCACCAAUUCUAUUUUGUGAUGAAAUAACUACAGGAUUAGAUAGUUACUCUGCUGCACACAUAGUAAACACAUUAAGAAGAGUAGCACACAGUGGAAAAAUUGUCAUAUGUACCAUACACCAACCUGCAUCUGGUUUGUUUGAUCAGUUUCAAGAAGUCAUACUUUUAACUAAUGGUCGGUUGGCUUACCAAGGAUCGGUAUCUUUGGUCAAUAAUUUUUUUCAAAAGUAUGGUUACAUUUGCCCUGCCACCUAUAACAAAGCUGACUUUGUUGUAUCAGUUUUGAAUUCAGAUGGCGUGUUGGAUAGAAACAAUGUAAACAAUAUGUGUGAACUAUCAUCAAACGUAGCACAAAUGGACAUUAAGUUUAAUUCAUUCAAUAAGGAUGUUCAGUCAGAAUAUGGACAUCAUUUACAAGCAGAAAAACUUAACUGGAUAACUCAAGUAUUGCUUCUGCUGUAUAUAUCCAUCAUAUGUUUCAUAAGAAAUUACAAGGAAAAGUUAUUGGAAUUUGGAACAUUAAUAUUUUUAGGUGUUAUUAAUGCUAGUCCUUAUGCAAACUUACAAUUCGAUACAAAAGCAGUUCAAAAUUGGCAAGGAUUUUGGUUAUGCUUAACUAUUAACACUGUGUUCCAAUUCAGUUAUUCGGCCAUCGCCACACAUCAAAUAAAGUUUUCAGUUGUACAUCGAGAAGUCAGCAAUAAAGUAUACUCCUUGAGUGCAUACUAUGUGUCUGAAAUAAUUUUAUUAUAUGUUUGGGUAUUUAUAAAGACAGUACUCUUCUGCAUGGUUGUGUUUUGGAUUGUUGGUGUCAAUUGGGUUUAUAUGCAAUUAUUAGUAUUUAUGAUAAUCUCAUUUGCAUCCGUUUCAUAUGGAUGUCUGUUGUCAGCAUACUUUAGUCGAGUGGAGGAAGCUGUGGUAUUUUCAACAGUUUAUGAGUACUUAGCAUUGCCUCUUAGUGGUGCUUAUCUAUCUUUCAAGUCAUUACCAAAAGUGUUAUACUCACUAAGAUAUGUGUCAUUAUUUUUCCUUGGUUGUGAAACAGUGUCUUCUCUGUUUUGGGAAAGAAUCAAAUCAUUACCAUGCACUGAUGUCGCUAAUUGUUUGGACAACGGCAAAGCAGUUUUAAAUAAUUACGGUUUUGUAAGCAGUAAUUUAUAUUUUGACAUAACGAUAUUGCUUACAUUUUGUUUAUUAGCAAACAUACUCGGUUAUUUUGGUGUACUUAAAAGAAUGAAAAAACAACCAGCUUAUUGA